UUUGUUACAGAACGCCUAAAUGUGCUUUACGAACGCAACUGGACCCGCCUCGUUCACGAGCAGCUGCGCAAGUUCGAGUCAUCAAUAGUCGCGGCUGCGAGGCAGUCGCCCGAGACACAACCACCAGAGCUAGCCAUGGACUCCAAGUGGACGUUCUCUGGAUCUUUGAUAUACUGUAUCACACUUAUCACUACUAUAGGAUACGGUAACGUUUCACCAAGAACAGCUGCUGGUCGAGCAGCCACAGUAGCCUAUGCAGCAGCUGGAGUGCCACUUACAUUGGCAUGUUUGGCGGGACUGGGAGCAUCCUUGGCACGACUGGCACGACUGGCGUGGCUGAGGGCAACUAAGAGGAAAGUGCCUAAUACUUGGAGGAAGGAUGGAGAGCCGGAAAACUACCUCCAGCUCCACGAGCAGCAGCGCCUACUUCCUCAGCCAGCAGAACAUAACCAAUACACAUCAUUUCCACCGAGAAGCCACCGGUCUCCUGGCACAGUGAAGGCCAGAGCUGGAGAUAGGGGCCAGUACUCCCAGGUCUUUGAGAGAGCCCCAGCUAGUCCGCGAGCUGCCACGUUGGGUCGAGUAAAGCGCAGUGCCUUGCCUGAUGAACCACACACAUCUACAUCUCUACAGACUCAGACGCUAGAUCGGAAGAAGACUAUGGGUAGCACAAAAUGCCUCGCUACAGUCCAUGGCCCUGGUCGAGGCAGGGGACGGACCACCAUGCAAAGACCAAGGGGAGCUGUUAUUGAGCAGCUGAUUGCUGAAGAGUGUGGGGAGCUGCAGAUGAACAGGAGUCAAGACGACUUGGACGACUCUGAGGAUCCUGAUGAGGCGAUAUGUCCACACGACACCCCGUCACGAGUGCCUUUGAUAUGGAAUGAGGAGAGUCAUAAGAUGAAGAGUUCUAACGUGGCGAGCAGUAGUGCCUCCACCAGCGUCCAGCACCACAUCCACCACGGCAUCGAACAUUGUCACAUCCCCGUUGGAAUAGUUUUAUUCCUUCUCCUCGCUUACAUCUGUGUCGGCGCUGCCAUCUUCUCCGCUUGGGAGAACUGGAGUUUCCUCGACGCUGCGUACUUCUGCUUCAUUGCCUUAGCCACGAUAGGUUUCGGAGAUUUCGUCCCCACCAGCUUUCUAACAACUAAACAUAGCACAGAACACACUAAAAGCGAGUACGUUCAAAUGAUCGCGUGUUGUGCCUAUCUGGUUUUUGGACUCAUAUUAAUAGCUAUGUCAUUUAGCCUCCUACAAGAUGAAGUAGUCGCUCGAUGCUCGCAAUUAGCUAAUAGUUUAGGCCUCUCGCGUCAAUGACAGUACGAGAAGAGUGAUUGUAGCUCAACAGACAAUCACUUGAGAAUGUUAUGAUCGUUAUUGUAAGCAAUUGAUUUGGGGUCCACUUCAUUUAAUUUCUUCAUUGGAUCCAUUUACGUAUUCAUUGUAACCCAUGUUAUCACUAUAUCGUAAAUAAAAAUUAUUUUCUCAUUGUCUACACACAAUUGUAUUGAUAAUUUUAAUAAAGAACUAAAUUUGAAAAAAAAAACUUUUUACGGAAUUUGUACUCGAAAAGAAAGUGGUUUGUGAUGUAAAUAAUGUAUAAAACUAUUUAUAAAAGCAAGGCUGAAAUUGUAA